AGCCUCUAUAAACUAUAGUGAUUUGGUUGGAAGCGUCGACUACAGCAAUCAUGCUUGCUACAAUCCUUAUCGCGGUUUUUCUAAUUUCUGCUACGACAGAAGAUUGUCUGAAAUGCAUUUGCAAACGCGAAUCAGGAUGUAAGCCUAUAGGAUGCCAUAUGGAUGUUGGAUCACUUUCGUGCGGUUACUAUCAGAUCAAGCUUCCCUACUAUAAGGACUGUGGGACUCCGGGACGCAAGCGUGGUGAGUCUGUAACCGCGGCUUGGAAGAGGUGCGCAAACGACUACAGCUGCUCAACCACAUGCGUCAAAGCGUACUACAACCGUUACAAGAGAUUAUGCCCUUCGAGUCAAGGAACUUGUCAGAAAAUGGCACGACUGCAUAAUGGAGGUCCGUCUGGGUGCAAGAAACAGGCCACAGUUGGGUACUGGAACGCCGUCAAGAAGUGUUGCGGAUGCACUUGAACAAAGAAGUUGCUUUUCAAUACCUUGCUCGAUUACUAGAAAUUCGAGAAAGCCAAUAAAUAAUUUUGUUAUA